GCGGCUUCCUGCAGGCGGCGCCAGGGCGAGCCGGAGCCCACUGCAGCCACCUCCGCCAGGUCGCCGGGUCGCGGGGGCCGCGGCGCUCGGGCCGCGCCGGUGCCUCCAGGGCGCGCUGCGCCCGUCGCUGCUGCCCGCUCUCGUGCUGCUGCCGCCGCCGCCGCUGCUGCUGCCGGUUACGCCAGCCCCGCCGCCGCCCGCUCUGAUUCUGCGCAUAGGCAGCCCCCAAGCCUGUCAUUCUGCAAAAACACAGUUUACUCAACACACCACACACACUCGCACACACACACACACGCGCGCGCGCGCGCACACAUACACACACACACACACACACACACACACACACACACACAUACACACACACACACACGCGCACCCUGGCCCCCGCGCGCACACGCACGGAGGGCGCGAGCGAGCAGACGCGCACACCCGGCGAGCCAAGUUCCGCAGCCUGGCAUGGCUUCUGGGGACCUUUACGAGGUUGAAAGGAUUGUAGACAAGAGGAAGAACAAGAAAGGAAAAUGGGAGUAUCUUAUCCGAUGGAAAGGCUAUGGAAGCACAGAGGACACGUGGGAGCCGGAGCACCAUCUGUUGCACUGUGAGGAGUUCAUUGAUGAGUUCAAUGGGCUGCAUGUGUCCAAGGAGAAGAGGCUCAAGUCAGGGAAGCAGGCCAGUGCCUCCAAGCUCCUACGUGACAGCCGGGGACCAUCAGUGGAGAAACUUUCCCACAGGCCUUCUGAAUCUGGAAAGAGCAAAGGGACUUCCCACAAACGGAAGCGAAUCAACCCUCCUCUGUCCAAGCCGAAAAAAGGGUACUCUGCUAAACCCCCUGCUGGAGGGGACAGAGCCACCAAGACAGUGUCCUAUAGGACUACCCCCAGUGGUUUACAAAUAAUGCCCCUGAAAAAGGCCCAGAAUGGGUUGGAAAAUGGGGACACUGGUUCUGAGAAGGACGAGAGACAUUUUGGAAAUGGGUCCCAUCAGCCUGGUUUGGAUUUGAAUGACCACGUGGGCGAGCAGGACCUGGGAGAGUGUGAUGAGAGUCAUGCAGCACUGGCAGAGAACGGGCUCGGCUCUGCUCUGACCAAUGGGGGACUAAAUCUGCACAGCUCUGUGAAGAGGAAGCUGGAAACAGAUAAGGACUAUGUCUUCGACAAGAGGCUCAGGUACAGCGUCCGCCAGAAUGAAAGCAACUGUCGAUUUCGGGACAUUGUCGUGAGGAAGGAAGAGGGUUUCACGCACAUCCUGCUAUCCAGUCAGACCUCGGAUAAUAAUGCACUGACCCCUGAGAUCAUGAAGGAGGUCCGACGAGCACUUUGCAAUGCUGCCACAGACGACAGCAAGCUGCUACUACUCAGCGCUGUGGGUAGUGUGUUCUGCAGCGGACUGGAUUACUCCUACCUAAUAGGCCGUUUGUCCAGUGACCGGCGGAAGGAGAGUACCCGGAUUGCUGAAGCCAUCAGGGACUUUGUGAAGGCCUUUAUCCAGUUUAAGAAGCCCAUCGUGGUAGCCAUCAACGGGCCCGCCUUGGGCCUUGGAGCCUCUAUCCUGCCCCUCUGUGACAUCGUGUGGGCCAGCGAGAAGGCCUGGUUUCAGACCCCUUAUGCCACCAUCCGCCUCACACCUGCCGGCUGCUCCUCAUACACCUUUCCCCAGAUCCUGGGAGUCGCACUGGCCAACGAAAUGCUGUUCUGUGGCCGCAAGCUCACUGCUCAGGAAGCAUGUAGCAGAGGACUGGUGUCCCAGGUCUUCUGGCCAACAACAUUCAGCCAGGAGGUCAUGCUGCGGGUCAAGGAGAUGGCGUCCUGCAGUGCAGUGGUCUUGGAGGAGUCAAAAUGCCUAGUUCGGAGCUUCCUGAAGUCGGUGCUUGAAGAUGUGAAUGAGAAAGAAUGCUUGAUGCUCAAGCAGCUCUGGAGUUCCUCUAAAGGCCUGGAUUCCCUGUUCAGCUACCUGCAGGACAAGAUAUAUGAAGUCUGAAGGGCUCAGGUCACUGGCCCCAGUGCUCAAGGGCAUCUGACUUUCAGCUUUGCCCUGUGUUUCAGAAUUCUGAGCACAGUGUAUGCCCAGCCAAGGAGUUUGUCAAGGUGUCUCUCAGUACCUAGGGUUGUGUCCAUUUCCUGUGUCAUUUGGUUGUUCCUCAUUGGUUUGAUUUUGUGUAACAGAUGGGAAACACAGCACACUUGGCCUCCCCUGUAUUUCUAUCCCAACUGGCUCAUGAGCUAUCGAGGGCUAUAUCUUCCCAGGCCUCUGCCAAGUACCAAUGUCCUAUCCCCACUUUUUGAAAUGCACCAUCCCUGGUCCAGGAAGGGGAAGAGUACUUCUCCAAUCUCCUGACUCAGGCUGUGUCCACACAGUGCCUCUGACUUGGAGACUUGGCUGUCAUGGCUCUCUCAUCAUGUCUGUCUAUCUAUCUAUCUAUCUAUCUCUACAGAUCUGGUGACAGGAUGAUCCAUCUUAGGGAAUUUCCAGACCAAUGAGCAAAAUGACAGCCUCAGUCUCCUCUCUGAUGCAAACCUGUGUGACUGUUAGGGCUUGGUCUUAACCCAAAUUGAGCGAUUUACAAACCCAGAUAUUGUACAUUUAGGAAUGUUUUGUUAAAUAUAUAUUUUUUAAACAAUGUAAGUGAAAAUUCUGAUAAUUUAUGUGUACUAUAUGUAAAGCUAGUUUUGCAAAAGAAAAAACAUGAUCUACUAGGAAUUUUUUUCAUCAGACUUAUUUAAUUUAUUUAUUUUUGUUUAUAUAUUAUAAUAUCUGUUGUUGACACAGAUACUAUUUUCAUACUGCCCUGGACCAAAUCCUAUAUAUACAAGGUUCAUGCUGUUUGGUGCAUUCUAGCAAUGAACAAUGUAGAAAUAAAAUUCAGAGAGACAAAACAGAAGGAUUUCUGUAGAUAAAAGGAUAGCUCUGUACCAGAUCCUCUGCGUGUAAAUGGUUCUCAACUAUAAUAAUUGAGUACUUGUCCUUCAAGCUGGAUCUUGGGAGAAAUCACGGGGGAGUUUUCUCUUCACUCUACUGCCUUUAAGGAGAUAAAGGGCUCUUCAGCCUGAAUGGCACUGAGUCAUACCCUGUCUCUCAGUGUGUAACACUGGGAAGAGGUGGGGAAUAGACCCUUCCUGGGGACUGCAUGGUAUCUAGAGUGAGAUGUUUUUCCUUGGGGCAAAUGACUUGAACUUGAAUUUUAGAGUCCAUUUCUCUCUUAUGUAGUGAUUUUUAUUACUAUUAUUGUUAUUUUACUUGCAGAAAGUUUGACCCACUCUGUGGUGACCCACUCUGUUGAAUUGUCAGUAGGUCAGAAUGUUUUUACAUACAAAAACCCAGAUGAUCCCUAUUUUUUUCUAGUUGUCUACUCAUAUCAGGGAACAAUAACUGAGGAUGUGGUCUCCUGCUGUAGGACUCCUGGACUGCACUGGGGACCCCUAUAGCUAUAUUUGGACCAUCAGCCCAAGUCCUGGGAUCAGGAAGAGGGUAUGGUUUUGAAAAGUUUUGAUUUUGGUUUAGGUUGACAAAGGGAAAGACAAUGACAGCAAAGUUAGAGCAGUAAAAUUAUGGAAAUAGGGUAUGUGUCAGGCUUUUUUGGAGUCAACCACUUAGAGAAAGUUAGAUCUCAGAGUAACAGCCUUUCCAUUUCUGUCACAACUUAUGGUGUUCUCUGGGGCCCCUUGCUCCUCACCUUUUGGUUUCUUUCCCUUGGUUAGCCACAACUUCUCUUGAGUCUUCCUUGGAGAGAUGGGAGCAGUAAGAGCUGUGGGAGGUGAGGCAAGCUGAGAAGAAACAAAAUCAUUACCAGUCUCUUUCUGGUCCUUUCGUUUCUCCUAAAGGUGGCAAGAUGUCUGUGGCCUGACAGGUGGAGAGAUGUCAUGACUUUGAGCUUUGUAUUUCAAAGAAUGGGUCAUGUAUCCAUUCUAGCGCUAUAGACAUGGUCCUUUGCACAGUGAGUCUGAAGUUCAUCUAGAUUCUUGAUCCUUGGAAAGUUUGAAUAUCCCUCUAGAGAGUCUCUCUCCUUUUGGAUUUCUGCAUGAUUUCAUGAAGGCUCAGGAGAAAAGAAAUCUUCUCUUCCUUUUGUGUAGCCUAUGCCUUCUUGGCCUUGGGUACCCACUGGGUAUAGCCACACUGAUAAAAUCCAGCUGAGGAAGAUGGAAUUUACAACCCAUGGGCCCUCUACUUCUUGUUAUGGGCUUCAUUAGGAACUGCAAAACUAGGCAGUAAAGUUUCACUACCAGGGAAACACCUGAUUUAGCCUAAAUUCUGUUUUCACACCCACCCAUUGGAUUUUGUCUCUUCUGUUGAUAAAACAAAUGUGUAUUUUCCUAGAGCCCCUGAAAGAAUCUUACUGUUUUUUUUUUCCUGGCAGAUAAUCUCUUUACAAUUGUUAAACUUUUGAGAGAAAGAUCCUCUUGCUCCCUGUCCAUCUUCUAAGGGCAGCUGCAUUCAACAAAUCUGUAGAAGCAGUGUCAGGAUUCUCAUUUGACAUGGGAGAGGAUGUUUCAAACUUUCUUUUGAUCAGUGUUCAUCUUUUCUUCCUUCAGAAAGGACCAGAAAUGUUUUGAUCAAAUUCAAAUUUUGAACUAUAUUAAGGCACUCUGAUAACUAAGAUAGGAGUAAGGGACCAUUAUCAAGUUGGAAUUCAUGUACAUUUGUAAGUUCUGUAAUUAACAGGCACUUUAAAAGACAUUCUAUGUUUUGGUUGUUUCCAUACAGUUAACUUAAGAAGGAUGUUCUAUAAAUUGGCUAACAGUUGACUGGGUAUUUACUUUGAUGUAUAAGGAAAAUCCAGGUAUUUAUACCAGACUGACCCAGGCUUUCUUUCUUUUUUUUUUUUUCAGUCUUUUAGCCCAGCAGCCUCUCUCUGCCCUGCUUUUCUUCCUCCUGUCUCCUCUUUGUCACUUCCUAGAGCCUGGAAGCCUCACAUCAGGAUUACCUUUAGAACUGAAAGUUAAGUUAUAGAUGGGAAGUUGAAGGAACCUCUUUUUUUUUUCAAGAAACCCUCUAGGCAAUUCAUUACUUUCUUAUCAUCCCACUAGGCAUAUUGUACUGUUUUUUUCCCUCUCUGCUCCAACUCAAUAGUUAGCUCCCAGCAUCUUAUUGUGUAACCAUUUGAGAUACUAGCCUUGUUCCAAGAGGACUUUUGUUUUGCAGAACUAUGCUAAGGUAGUCAGAAUGUCUCACCAUUUGGAAGUCACAGUCUAAUGCUGAUAAGUCCACAUAUCCCUUAAUCUUGGAAUAAUGUCUGUGGAUAAAAACUAUUAGAAAUUACCCUCUAAGAGUGAAAUUGGACAAUUAGGUGAUGGUAGUAAAGAACUGAAUUAAAACAUUAUUUUUGUUUGAUAUAAAAUUAAACUAAGAAAUGUUCUCUCUGAAGCAUGAAGAUAGGUUUUUCCCCAAAUGAAGUUUGAGUGUGAAGAUGGAAAAAUAAUAAUUCUAAUAGACUUUGAUCAAUGCAACUUUUAUCUCUGAACAUCCACACUUAAAAUAGCCUUGAAUGAAUGCUGAAUUGCAUUCCCCAUUAUCAAUUGUUGGUUUAAAAUUUUUAUAAACUUUUUUUAGUUUGAAAUGUAGUCACAUUCACGAAUUUUCCAAUCUAGUUUCUGUGGAAAUAUUUUUAACAAAGAGAAACAAAUGGAAACAUCCUCAAAUCUUCCUAAGUGAGCAUAUAAAAUUCAGAAUUGUUUCUCUUCUGUGUUUCUGGAUUCAGAUACUUAGAUCUGUUGUAUAUAUUAGUCUAGACAUUCUCACUAAUAUACACAGUAUUUAAGACUCUAAAUGAGAUUUCUUAAGUAUUUUUGUUUUAUUCUCUGUAAAUGGUUUUGUAUAAUCUUUAAAAAUCUACACUUUGCCUUUGUAGAUAUUUAAGGGAAACCAUUUGGGAUUGUCUUGCAUGUAUAUUUUUGUUGUAGAUAAGUGUUGCAUAGUUAUUUCUGCAAAUUUUGGUUGAAAUGCUUACAGACUUUAAUACAGUAUAUAUUUUCAGAAUAUAAACUUUUAUAUUUCUGUGAUAAGUUAGGAUAUGCGUUUUAGGCAAUCUUUUCCAUUAUCUUUUCCAUUAAUAUCACUUGUUCUUUCAUAAAAAUAGUAUACUGGUUUGGUGCCAAUGUUUUUUUUUUUCCACUAGAAUUAAUGCUCUUAUAUUGUUAAAGAGCACAUUAAUUUUCUUUUCCUCAAAGUAAUCGAGUUUGAAGUAUAAUUUGAAAAUGUAUUGAAUUUGUGAAUAAGCCUUACCAUUAGGAUCAGUAAAAUUUCCAACCUUUGCAACUACAUAUGUAGUUUAAGAUCUCCCCAUAAAUUCUCACUGUGUGGCAGUUGAUGGAGUUUGUGAACAGAGCCUUAAGCUUGUUGUAAAAAUAAUAAUAAUAAAUAAAAGCGUAAUACGGGUUGUUUCUUCCAAACAAUGCAGGCCAUGUAGAUGGACUCAGUGCAGUCUGUGAGUCAUGGCUAAUCUGAUGAGUUUGGUUGAAUUGAUGGCGGCAGGGGCCAGAUAGGCAAUUGGUGAUUGUCUUUGGUCUUAUGAAUGGACCAAGGAUAGGUUUUCUGAGCCACCUUUGUACUAUUCACAUAGUUUGGACACAGUCACAGGGAAGGCAGCUGGUUCAUCAUUUGUUCUGAACAAAUGACUUUUCCUGCCCUGACCUUAGCAGUUGACCCCAGGUUCUUCAUGGGUGACUUGGAAAUACAGUCUGGCUGAGGUCAGCACUCCUUGAGAGACAGUUUACACAUGUGUCUUAGUGGAUAGACAAUCUGAAGUCAAUUUUAGUUACAUCAUCAGCAUUCCCAUGAGUUUUGAGUGUUUUACUUUGAACUGUAUAUGUUAAGCCAUACUACACAUUAGUUUAUCAAGGCAGAGAUAAACUAGAUUAUCUUCUGUCAGUCCUUGCAGGGUUGCUUUUAAUACAGCAUAAGACCUGGAGCACAUUGAUGGUACGUCUUCUAAACAGAAUCACCUAAAAAGACUUAAAUUUUGUUCAAAUUAUAACUCCAUUUGAAUUUGGUAAUAUCUUCAUAGUUACCAGGUGAUUCUCCUUGUCAAGACUUUAAAGAAGAUCUGAGACCAGGGCUGUAGUAUGGCUAAAGUCAAAUUUCUUAGUUAAUCUCUUGUAAGUGUUCAUAAAGUCAAGUUUUCUACUACUAGGAUGGAGAUUUGCUUCAAGUGUGUGUGUGUGUGUGUGUGUGCGUGUGCGUGUGCACGUGCAUGUGUGUGUGUGUGCGCUGAUGUUGAGGUCUCAGCUUCAGUUUUGGCUUUGUGGGUUGAACCCAAGCUCAUGGGACCAAUACCUGGUCUGAUUCUGUAGCUCAUGAAGGCAACUCUGGGAAGUCUGGAGGCUGGAGCAUUUUGCAUCUAAGUCUUUAAAUUGUCGCUGUGCCAUUAAUCCCAGUUUGAAGUCAUUUGCUAAUGUCCGUGUUGACAGGAUUGUGAAAUAAUUGUUGCCUUUCAUAAACCCAAGGACCAAAGAAUCCCAUUAUUCAACAAAGCAUGAGUCUCAUUGAUGGUGGGCGCCUCUUGGACAGACAUGUGCAUGCUGUGGGCACAGAGAAGCCACUCACUCCCAUGACUUCAUCCUCUCCCUGGCUGGCCAUGCAGAAGGAUUUGUGGUCACCAGGACAAGGCUCUGAAAGUUGAGUUUCUUGGGUGGAAACUCACUUUCUCAGAUGGAUGUUUCUGCUGUGUAGUCCCAGCCUUUAUCAAUACUAUAGAAAGUGGAGAGCUGGCAUUCAGCCAAGUUAUCUGACCAGUGUAGCCUGCACCUUCUGGAUCAGAACCUCCAUCGUGAGUUUUUCAGAUGUGUUUACACUGAGCAGUGAGAUCUGGAAAUUGCCAGCAUUCCACAUGCUUUUGCUCUACAUCCACUCAUCCUAAUUCCUUUUAGGCAUGAGAAGAGUUUUCUUUAAUUCCCAUACCAGAUGAUGCUUCCUUCUCAUUCACGAUGAAAUCAUUGAUCCAUGUACCUAGUUGAGAUAUGAUUGAUGCUAAAGAAGUGAUAUUCUAUUGGUAAGGCUUAUUACCAAACUUCUAAUAAUGAAGCAGGUUACCAAAAAAUUAUCCAGCCCAUCCUAAGAGUGUUUGGAUUUGAUCAUGGAUGUAGCACACACACACACCAAAAUCCAAGGAGACCUUUGCAAAUUAGGCUGCUCGUUUCAUUUUGCCAGGUUAUCAUGGGAGAGUCUUUUAACUAGUUCUGAAUAUUUGUAAGUAUGAGUACUUCAUAGAAUUAUAAGGCAGGUACAGCUGGCCCUUUCUCACCAUGUUGUAAAUAUUUCUGAGACUGGGUACAGUACUGAGGGAUAAUUUCUGAUUUAUCAAAUGCUGACUGUCUAGAGCAAAUUGUAUACUCUCUUUGUGAAUGGUCCUGUAACGUGUAUGAACACAUUUCUGGGUGCCUUAGAAGUUGUAUUUUUCAUGUGUGCUAAUAUGCAGUAUUUAUACAUUGUGAGAAGCUGCUUUGAAUAAAAAGGUUGAAACUU